AUGGGUAGUAGCGACGCUAGGCAGAAGACAGGAAGGCGCAAGGAUGAGGAGGAUAACGGCUACCAUCUCACGUUUCACCUAGUCUGGACUAGGAAUAUGAGGGGCUGGGCAGUCGUCUUUGGAGGACCAACACUCGCUCCGUACACGCCUACGACUAAUCGCUCUGCAAAAGUACUAAGAAAUCGCAGUAGGUACAGGGCUUCAUUGCCUCUGCCUUUUUCUGGGUGUCAAGUGAAACCACAUGGCCUCUUUACUUGGCAGUGUAAAAAAACUCUCAACUGUGCAUUAUCAUCUUCCGAACCCAGUUGGGUUGAUGUUGAUGAGUCAAGAGAUUUCGGGGAUGAUGAGUUUAUAGUGGUGAAUUUCUACCGUUUUGUGUUCAUCAAAAACCCAGAAGAGGAGGUGUCCAAACACCUCGCCUUUUUGCAGGAUCGUGACAUACACGGAAGAAUAUAUCUGAAUGAGCAGGGGAUAAAUGCGCAGUACAGUGGGCCAUCAAAAGAUGCUUUUGCAUAUGUUAAAUGGUUGAAAGAAGACCAUAGGUUUUCUGGGAUAUUGUUCCAAGUUUCUGUUGCUUCGAAGGGGCAUGCAUUUCCAAGAUUGAAGCUACGAUAUAAGCCCUCACUGGUACAGUUGGAAGGAGGGAUUUCACAUCUUCCUUUGCUUGACCCAUCAAUGCGAGCCACACCUCUCACCCCAUCUCAAUGGAGGAAUAGAUUGGAAUCAGUAAAUAAGUUGGACAAUGCAUCAGAUCUCACCACAAAGAGUGUUCUACUUGAUGUGAGAAACGGUUAUGAAUGGGAUGUUGGCCACUUUCGUGGGGCUCAACGGCCUGAUGUGGGAUGCUUUCGAAGCACUUCAUUUGGACUGUCCAAAUCAGAGGUCAUUGCUUCAGAUCCUUUAGCUGGUGUUGACAAAGAGAGAACGGAUAUAUUGAUGUACUGUACUGGAGGUAUCCGUUGCGAUGUAUAUUCAGCAAUCCUUAGGUAG